CGCGGACGGCGUUCAAUUCUUAAAGGGCCACAGAAUGUAUGCGAUGAUAUACUAUUAUUAUUAUGUAUUCAAGAGGUGUACAUGUAACCGAUAUAAUUGUGUCCGGCUGAAUGUUUAGUGAAGCCUAAAUGAAGCCUCCCAAUAGCCUGUCUUAAAUAUAUGGAUUAUGGAAACGAGUGAACGAGACGACUGUCUGGGACAUUCAAGAGUUCAAGACUUAAACUUGCUUUUUAAUAUUAUAGCUUGAUGAUUGUCUGGCGCAUCCUAUUCGGGGUUUAGUGUUAAUAGAUUGGAUGAAGGUUGGUUAGCAAAAACUAAUAUUCUCUUACAAAGUAUUUAACUCUCAACAUUUUCGAAAUGUUCCAGUAGGCUACACAAUGUGGGCCAUUAUUAGAUGGACACAAAAACACAAGUAUUUAGUUUAGCAGGUAUCUCGUUAAAUUUAUGUGAAAAACAAGCGAUAUAGGUCCCCUACCUCACUAAAUUAGAUGUGCGGAGAUAUAAACGUGAUGUGAGACAAAUAAUCUGGAUUAGGCUAAUCUACGGCAAAAUCACAGUAAAGCAGGUUUAACGGGACAUUCCACGGAGGCGUACGAUCAUGGGUACAGUUUAUAGGCCUAGUAAGCUAUUUGUCACAAAACAAAAAUGUCUCUAGACUUACAAUAAUAAUGUCAAUCUGAUAGAGCAAUGAAAAGAUGAUGUUUCUUUAGUUUAGUCUGUAGUCUUUAUGUGCACAAUAUACAUUGUCUGCUCCAUGUGUUUGUUAAAUAUUUCUUUACAAUUCACAAGACGACAGAAAUGUAAUCAAAUUCAGUGAGGGGGACAGAACGAGAAUAGAGACUGCUUAUAACAGGUCGGGAUAUCUCUUCAUACUCUCAUGUCAUACUCAUAAUUGUUCUAAAUCUAGAGGCUUGAUUAUAUGAACAAUUUACUGCAACAUUAUGGCCUGAUAAAUCAAUUCUUAAAACAUAAAGGACCCUUAUCUUCAUGCUCUCAGAGCUGCACCUUCAUUUUAAUAUAGAAAAAAAUGUGUUCUCAAGGGAUGCUUUUUGCAGUGUAAAAACAAAAAUCUAACUAAAAAGUCAAAACACUUUCAUUGUGAAACAAGCUGUUUUUUCUAGUUACAUUACAGUACUUACAUUACCACUGUUAUGCAGUUAUAAUAUUUAGUGUACUAAUAUGCAAUAAGAUCAUUAUUACAUGGAAACGAGUGCUCCCAUCGUUUGAACAAUGGCCCAGUGUUGCUUCCAGGAUAAAGUGCCCAAGCAGCCGAGGCCAUGGGAACCAGGAGGGUUCUGGUGACUGGCUGCUCCUCUGGAAUUGGAUUAGCUGUCGCGGUGCGUCUGGCCAAGGAUGAGCUGAAGAGGUUCAAAGUUGUGGCCACCAUGAGGGACUUGGAGCGGAGGCAGGCUCUGGAGAGGGCAGCUGGGGAGACACUGAACCGCACACUGGAGAUCCGCCAGCUGGACGCCUGCAGUGAGGACUCCAUCAGAGAGUGUGUGAACAGCCUGCCAGACAGGCGGGUGGAUGUUCUGGUGAAUAACGCAGGCUUGGGGAUGAUCGGCCCACUGGAGUGCCAGAGCAUCAGCGCCAUGCAGGAGCUCUUCGACACCAACUUCUUCGGCCUGGCACGACUUGUCAAGGAGGUGCUGCCAGACAUGAAGAGACAUCAGAGCGGGCACAUAGUCGUUAUGAGCAGCGUCAUGGGCAUUCAGGGUCUACUCUUCAAUGAUGUCUAUUCCGCCUCUAAAUUCGCUGUGGAGGGAUUUUGUGAGAGUCUGGCUGUGCAAGCCAUGAAGUUUAACAUUAAGAUGACUUUGGUGGAGCCAGGUCCAGUGACGACUGAGUUUGAGAGAAAGGUUUAUCAGGAGGCUGCAGAGAUGGACCUGUCAGGGACAGAUGAGGAGACGGCCAAGAUCUUCAAACAGAUUUACCUGCCGUACUCGCGCAAGGUCUUCACGUCUCUCGGACAGACCCCGGAGGAGGUGGCGGAGCAAACCUUUGAGCUGAUCGUGGCCAAGGACCCUCCCUUCCGCCACCAGACCAACCGCCUGUACAUGCCCAUGACGGCAAUGAAGCACGCCGACCCCACCGGCCGGCUGCCCAUCGACACCUUUUACAAGCUGGUGUUCAAGCACGACCGCGUGUUCAACGCAAUCCUGAGCAUGAUGAGGAUGAUGACGAAGAAGAUGGGAAAGACUGGGGGGUGAAGAGUGACGGCAGGGGAGCAGCGAGACUUUGGAUCUGAAGAGUCGUCCCCCCCCCCAGCAAGCCAGGGACCUUUGUGAAAACCUCGCGCUACUCAAGCAGAAUUUAUUUAAGCAGAAGGGUAGAUCUUUAGGUAGAUUUGUCCCAACAUCCUGUUGACACUAAUUAAGGAUUGGUCAGUUGAACAUCGACAAAAAACAUUGUUUGUUGAUUGGGGGAGGGUUCAGUGAAGUGGGCUAAUCAAUAAUGAUGGCAUCAGAGUUGAUCGACUGACUACACAUUUUCAGGUCAUCAGUUGAGGUUUAUUUAAUGUCGUUUGCUGAGGUUUGUCAAGACUAGCAGUUGCACUGAGUAUGCAGUGCAAUAUCCAGUAUGCACUGGAGUUCAUAUUAGUAAUCCUUUACCUCCUGAGACUUCACUGAACACUGAAGCAAAGUACUGUAAGACUAGUGGAAUAUGUCAACAGAAUUGUCAAAUAAAGGUUAAAAGAUGGCCUGACUGUACUAGAUGGCCUGACUGUACUAGAAGGCCGGUUCAGUUAAUUACUUUCAAAUAUGUAUGUUUGUUAGGGAUUUUAAGAAUGUAUGAUGAACUGGAGUGAAUUUUUACCUUCUCAGAUGACUAAAUCAAGGAUAAUGUAAAGUCAGUAGAGUAUGUUUAUAAAAGAAAAGUCAAAUUGA